UGUUCCCAAAAACCAAAGGAGAGAUUUGCCUGUUAUUGAGAGUGCGAAGAGGAUAGAAGAUGGAAUUAAGAAUCAAUUAGGACUGAAGAAAGAGUAAAGAAACCCUACUUUGUAAAUAUAUUUGUAAAAUAGCUUAGAUAAGUAUGUCUGGUGUGAGAAUAGAACAAGAGCGAGUGAGUGGUGUAUGGUGCCACAGCCUGAGAGAUCCAGCUUUUCUCUCCAUGCUGAGGAGGUACAGGAAACUCCUUCUCUCUGCCUACGGACCAAAAGGCGGUUCCAUCCUGAUAUCAAAUUCAGCUGGAAGGGAAUCUCUUGCAUUUUCAUCUAAUGAGAUAAUUCAGCAGCUAUCAUUUUUCCAUCCCUGUGUAAAGUACAUUAAUGCCUUAAUCUCUGCACAAAAUGCUGCCUGUGGUCUUCAUGGACUUUACACAGGCAUUCUUUGUGCCAGGCUUCUUGAAGAGGCCCUGCUCUGCGAAGAUGACACCCCACACCAUGUCAUACUGGAAGUGACUGAAUGGAUAAUUUCUGAGGUCUUGACUUGCUUGGUAGACUCUCCCGAGGAAGUUGUUACUGACUUGGACAUUGGCAACAUGCACCAGGUCACCUCAUUUGUCAAAACAAUACUUGGAGCAAAGAAUUGCCUCGACCUCAGUAAAUAUGAGAUCACUGAUUUAAGUCUCAAUAUUGUUAAAGCCUUUUUAAGAAGUAUACCUCAUGAAUAUUCAUCAAGUGGCUUUGGACAUGUCAAUAUAGUUACCCAGGAUGAAUCCGCAACAUCCGAAUCCAAAGUCUUUGAUGGAGUCUUGUACAGAGCACCAGAUAUUUGCCCCCAAAAGAUAAAGAAACUCACAGAAGGACGAGAAGAGUUCAACAUUGUUGUGUUUACAAUACCUCUUACAUUUGAAGAAGGAGAAAAUGAAACUGUGCAUUGGAGAGGUAGCUUGGCAAAAGAUGCAGCAUUCAUUGACGUCUUCCUUCCUUGCCUUCUUUCCUUCCUAAGAAAAAGGAAUGUCAGUAUCCUGGUCAGCCAGAAACCUGUCAACCCAGUCAUUAUAUUUGAAUUAGAGAGAAAAGGGUAUUUGGUUUUGGAAAGACUAGGCACUGCAUCAACACAAGCCAUUGUCAAGAUCAGUGGAUGUCAGCCUAUUAGUAAUAUUACCAAUUUACAACUAGAAAUGAAUAAUGCUGUUCUUGGGAGGUUAACAUCAGUAGAGUGUGUUUCCAUCAAUGAAAAGAAUUACCUCCUGCUAGAUCAUGUGGAAGGCUGUGUCUCAAGUCUUCUCCUUUGCAAGACAAGCCCCAGCACUGAAUCAACAUUAAAAGAAACUGCAGAAAGUUGUCUGGCUGCUCUGCGAAUGGUUGUGGUGGAUGGUAAAAUUGUUGCUGGAGGUGGCUGUCUAGAAGCAUGGUUAGCUAUGAAAAUUAGCCAUCUUGUUAGUAACAACUUGGAUCAGCUGAUAUCAGUGAUUGAAAUUUCACCUCAUCAUGUACUGAAGGUAACGAGCAUGUUCAUGAAAGUGCUCUUAGACUUGGCCUUCCGCCCAGGAGGAGGAUCAUCGACUGUAAAGACCGACUGGUGCACAGAUUCAACAUUUCAACACCUGUGGCAGUCACAUUCAGCAGCAUCCAAUGGAGAGAAUCCAUACUGUGGAACAGAUGACUUGUCUUUACAACCAGCUGUCUGUCAUUGUGUUUGUGGCUUGAUUGGAAAGGACACUGUGAACCCAUUCCCUUCAAAUCACUGGCAACCGGCUGACUUCCAUCCAAGUUGUAUUACAAGAAGGAGUCUCAGUACAUCAUGUGUAGCUUCAGAGAAGCAGGUUCCCACAGACAAGACUGCAAAAGGAGGAAAUAGCCAGAGCAGAAUCAUGUCUACUGCAAUCAACAGUGAUUCUGUAGUGGAUGAGUUUGGAUUCUUGAGUAUUGAGCUUGAUGUUGACAGUCUGGAAGAGAAAGUAGAUACAAUUGAAGAAGAUGUGGACAGUUUAGAAAAAACUGGCAAUAGUCUUGAAGAAGAAGGUGACAGUCUAGAGGGUAGACUUGAAAGCUUGGAGGAUGAUGCAGACAGCUUGGAGGAUGUACUUGACAAAGGAGCUGAACCAGCUCUUGAAAAAAGUGUCAAUACAAAAGCCAAAUUGAAAAUAAAGGGUCAGGAUAUCCUUUGCGACAGUUUCCCUGCCAAAUACAAUGCUAUUCGCCUUGCACUUGAGGGCUUCAGCCAUUUGUUUAAGAUUGGUGAUUGUGUAUUUGAUAAGUGAGUUUAACCAUUGUAAAAUUUUAUUAAAAUAUCUUUUAAGUGAA